GAUUGCUGCCUGGUGAAUUUGCUGACGAUUUUGACAACUGGAAAUCAGCUGUUCAAAACUAUUGGUCACUCCUUUGACCUCUAAGAUUUUCUGAUCAUCCAAAGAGGGUUGGUGAUAAGGACUUCGUCACCUUACAACAUACAACAUGUUCAGAAAUACUCUAGACAUGAAUGCUAAUUUCGGUGGCUUUAACUGUGCAUUAUUACACUGCAACAACAUUUAAGUAUGCAUUUGAUUACAAACCAUCUGAUGUCUACUGGUGCACAGCGGAUUGUGGUUGGAUUACUGGGCACAGCUAUGUCACUUAUGGACCCAUACUCAAUGGUGCAACUGUUGUUCUGUAUGAAGGGGCUCCCAAUUAUCCUGAUGCUGGGCGUAGUUGGAACAUUAUUGAUAAAUUUAAAGUAUCAAUAUUCUACACUGCCCCUACAUUGGUGCGGUCCCUCAUGCAAUAUGGUGAUGAGGUAAGAUACAUCUAUGCUUACUCGAUACCUUCCUGAAAAAUUAUUUGUAAUGGUGAAAAAAUGCUCUUACACAUGGAAAAGAAUUGAAAGUAAAACAUUGCAGAAGAAUGUAUACAAUAUCAAACAGGACUGGAAGCAUCAUUAGUAUAAUUAGUGGUUCCUUAAGCCUUUCUUGCCCCUUCUGUUCCACCCCACAUGUAUGAUGCAAGCAGCAGGGUUCUCCCUUUUCCCAUUUGUGUUGCUUUACGCAUAUGGAACCUUGAAGAUAUUCAGUAGUUUGGGUCAAUAAUCUCUCUUAUUACUACUUCCAUUUAUGGGAUCAGGCCGUUUCGGUAAAAUCAUCUCUUUUGCCUCUUGAGUUGUAUGUAUAGACAUAGUAGUCAUUUAAGAGAUUAUAUUUCCCUAACAUACAUUAUCUUUCUUGAUGACAUAUUUGCUUGCAGCAGGUCCUUUGGGACUGGUGUGAAGAGCUUCACAUACGGCAGGUUAUGUUAUUUAGACACCGGUUAGCUUGAUGUAUACGGCUGCUGAGAUAAUGUGACGGUCAUUGAAUCCGAAUGGAAUCGUCCCUGUUUCGAAUAAUGUCUGAACUGAGUGUAUGUGUUUAUGAGUUUUAUAUGAGUUUUUCCUUUGGAAUGUAUCAGUUGUAUAUGUAUGUUUUUGACUUGUGCAUAGAAUCUUUGCACUGAUUUUGGACAGUUUAGUAUAUUUGGAUAUUUUCGA